AGGAGGAGGGAUGCUGGAGCACACCUUACCCUCUUCACAAGCACAUCCUCGGAGCGCACCGUCACAAACCACCAUCACCACCCACACCCUCCAACCGGCACUCAACACCAACACCGCGUCUGGACGGCAGGAUGAGGAUCUGGUUAAGUUCUCAGUAUGGUGAAAGCGGUCUGGUGCUGUUUGGUCUGAUAACGCUGACCCUGUCUCUUGGCAAUCUCUCCAGCAAAGGACAGGAGGAGGGUGUUGCCUCUAACAGUCUGGAGGACAGAAUGGGUGUGAUUACAUACUGGUGGGGAGAAUGGACAAAAUGGACAGCCUGUACACGUACCUGCGGGGGAGGAGUCAUGUCUCAGGAGAGACACUGUCUUAAACAAAGAAAGAGAACUGCAACUGGAAAGGACAACAUGACAUGCACAGGCGGUGCUAAAAAGUACCAUCUCUGCAAUGCAAAGGAAUGUCCAGCUACAGGAAGAAGCUUUAGAGAAGAGCAAUGCUGGUCGUUCAACUCUCAGGUGUACAAUGGAAAAAACUACCACUGGAAACCUCUAUAUCCCGAUGACUACGUUCACAUCUCCAGUAAUCCGUGUGACCUGCACUGCACCACCUCUGAUGGCCAAAGACAACUGAUGGUGCCUGCACGUGAUGGGACGUCCUGCAAGUACAGCAACUACAGGGGAGUGUGUGUAGAUGGGAGAUGUGAACCAAUUGGAUGUGACGGCGUCCUCUUCUCACCCAACGCUCUCGAUAAAUGUGGCGUAUGUCAGGGGGACGGCAGCAGCUGCAGUCGUGUUACUGGGAACUUCCGUCGAGGGGCUGCUACUCUGGGCUAUUCUUUCAUCGCUCAAAUCCCAGAAGGAUCAUGGGACAUCCAGAUCAUUGAGAGGAAGAAGUCUGCAGAUAUCCUGGCUGUGACUGACCAAGCAGGCAACUUUUUCUUCAACGGUGCAUAUAAAGUGGACACCCCUCAGAACUUCCACGUGGCGGGGACCAUUUUCAAAUACAGACGGCCCACAGAUGUGUACGAGACGGGAAUCGAGUACAUUGUGGCGAAAGGGCCCAUCGAUCAGCCCAUCAAUGUUCUGGUCUGGAACCAAAAUGGACAAAAUCCUUACAUCACCUACGAGUACACAGUGAUGCGUGACUCUCUCACUUCGGUCGCCCAGGCCCCUAUUUACACAGGACCCCGUGAAGGAUCCAGUCUUCUGUCUGUGGAAGUCGAGAGUGUUUUACAACACAAUGACAGUGUGUAUAAUAAUAAAGAACCAUCUGAGAUGGAGGGCAACCAGGUACAAACUCAGGACAACGGGCCCAGGGCUAUGGAAGGACUAAAGCCUGGACAAGAGACCAAUGAAGUCUACAAGACAGCUUUACUUGAUUGUGAGCAAACUGACAAAACACCAGUCCAGUAUACAGAGGGAAAUUGCAGCUGGCCCAUUGGAGAUUCAACCCCUGGUGUUGCACCUGCAGAAGAUCCACUGAUCAACUCUAAAAAUCUCAUCUGGAGGAUGUUGCUGGGAGAGCGAACCGGCUCAGACGGUGUCCACGCUAACAUCUCAACCAAUCAGCUUCAUACUUAUAAAGAUGGUUUGUCUACUGAAGCAGGACCACUGGAAUUAGACUACAGCAGUUUUGAGCCAACAGGUUUCCUUAAUGGCUCACUGCUUGAGUUCACCGUGGGCCAACAGCAAAAUCAAACGGGGGACAUCCUGCUGCCAAACAGAACUGUCGCUACCGGUUUUCGGAACAACAGCCGUAGCAAUCGCACCAGGAAUAACCAAAGGCUCCUUCAGAAGAACAGACUGAGUGCCGCUGACAUGUAUCGAUGGAAGUUGUCCUCGCAAGAGCCAUGCAGUAUGACUUGCUCAAUAGGUGUGACAAAGUCGCUGGCCAUGUGCGUGCGGUACGAUGGCAUCGAGGUGGACGAUGUUUACUGUGACGCUUUGACUCGACCAGAGCCAGUUCACGAUUUCUGCAUCGGGAGAGAAUGCCAGCCAAGAUGGGAGGCCAGCAGCUGGAGCGAAUGUUCACGCACCUGCGGGGAAGGGUUUCAGUUUCGGCUGGUGCGUUGCUGGAAGAUGCUGGCUCCCGGGUUGGACAGUUCGGUGUACAGUGACCUCUGCACGGAGGCACAGUUAGAGCGACCACCAGAGCGCCGGGCCUGUAAGAGCCCCACCUGUGGCCCUCAGUGGGAAGUAGCUGAGUGGUCGGAGUGUCUGGCUAAAUGUGGCCACAGAGGUCUGGUUACUCGUGAGGUCAGGUGCUCACAUGAGACCCACGAGUGUGAUGAGGUGACUCGGCCACUGUCUGCCAAAAACUGCACCGGCCCACCAUGUGAGCGCCAGUGGACGAUGUCCGAGUGGGGACCGUGCUCAGGUGUUUGUGGGCAUGGAAAAACAGUGCGGCACGUCUACUGCAAAACCCCAGAGGGUCGUGUGGUGGCCGAGUCUCAGUGCUCACUCGACAACAAACCUCUGGCCAUUCACCCCUGCGGUGAUAAUGAAUGUCCUCCACACUGGCUGGCCCAGGACUGGGAGAGGUGUAACACAACAUGCGGACGAGGCGUGAAGAGAAGGAUCGUGUUGUGCGUCGGCAUCACGGGUGGGAAGGUCCAGAUGCACGGAGACGAGGAAUGCGAUGUCAGCAGGAGACCAGCAGAUGAGGACACCUGCUUUGAGAGGCCUUGUUUCAAGUGGUACACAACACCUUGGUCCGAGUGCACCAAGACCUGCGGUGUCGGGGUGCGAAUGAGAGAUGUGAAGUGCUAUCAGGGAAGAGAGCUCGUUCGCGGGUGUGACCCUUUGACCAAACCUGUCAACAAGCAGACCUGUGCACUCCAGCCCUGCCCCACUGAACCUCCAGAUGAAAAUUGUCAGGAUCGCCCCUCCACAAACUGCUCAUUGGCUCUGAAGGUGAAUUUGUGCAGCCACUGGUAUUACAGCAAGGCCUGUUGCCAUUCUUGCCGUAACCUUCGAGCUUCCUAGUGCCUCGCCACGACAUCAGACGGGCGUCACCUGCAAUGCCAAGGAUUGAAGGACAAAAAUAAUGAAGUAUUUGUUAAGCAAUAUAAAACUGCAUUACUGUCAGUAUAAAAAAAAAUGAUACCUAUUUCUGACUAUAUCCUGUGAUCGUGGGAUACAUUAAGGAAAUAUUAAGUUAUUUGGUUAUCUCUCAGAGGAUUAUAUUGCAUGUCGUAAUGUAUUUAUUAUCACUUAGAUUUGAUAUCUGGCAGUGGUCGAGGUCAAUACUGAACGUUACCUCGGGCUAAAGAUGGCUGAUUUUAGUACUGUACAUCGGCUGACCUUCGACCCACUGCAGAUUUACUCUCUAAUGUUUACUUUAACUCGGUUUUACUAUGGUAAAUCGCCAAAGGCUUACAGUAUGUUAAUUUAUUGGUUCAAGGAGAUGUUUGACUAUAUUCUCCCAUUUUGUAUCCAAUUCAUUCAUGUUUGUAGCUGGACAAUGGAUUUAGAGUCCUGACACUUGAACGAUAUGUUAUUGAAAAUGUAUCUGAUUCAUAUAUUGCUUAUAAGAAUCAAUAAACCUAAUAUAUUGUAUUAUG